AAUAGAACCAAUCCCAGCCCUAUGGCCUAUGCAUUUCCUUCUUCCUUCGAGUGAACUCUUCCUCGCCUCUCUUCCCUAUCGGCAUCUCCAACUACAGCACUGAUUCCGACUACAACAGUUCACCUUCAAUCUACCCGACACUUUUCUUCUUUCUCUUCCACCUAACCACCCAUCUGACCAUCUCCAUUUUUACGCUGUUGCAUCUAAUCAUCUACUACUACUCUUCGAGUUCGGCUCCAUAACUCAUUGAUGCGACCAUCAAAGAUCACAACUUCACUCUCAAGAACACCCAUUUCUCUUCUGUUUCAAAAACAAUGUUGGAGAAUCAGACGGGGCGUUCUCACCGCUUGAUCCCCACCUUCUUCUCCACCCACAAGACCCUUCUUACCGUUCUAUGGAUCUUCGCCUUCUUCACCCUAUUGCUCUGGCAGAAGGAUGCCGCAGAUGGACUCUUCUCUUCCAGGAGAUCUUUACCAGCUAGGGAACUGCCCAAGCUCCGCCCGGUGGCGUUUAAUUUGACGGAGUUUGGAGGGGUUGGGGAUGGGAUUACUUUAAAUACGGCGUCGUUUGAGAGGGCUGUCACUGCUAUCUCGAAACUUAGCAGGAAUGGCGGCGGGCAGCUCAAUGUGCCUCCUGGGGUUUGGCUAACGGGUCCUUUCAACCUCACCAGUCAUAUGACUCUCUUUCUUGCUCAGGAUGCUGUUAUUCUUGGCAUUGAUGAUGAAAAGCACUGGCCACUCAUGCCUCCCCUGCCUUCAUAUGGACAUGGAAGAGAACACCUAGGGCCACGCUAUGGAAGUCUAAUCCAUGGUCAAAAUCUUAAAGACGUAGUAAUAACAGGUCAUAAUGGUACCAUAAACGGGCAGGGUCAAGGAUGGUGGAAGAAGUAUCUUCGUAGACUUCUUAAACACACUAGAGGGCCACUUGUACAGUUUAUGUGUUCAAGUGACAUCCUAAUCUAUAAUGUUACAUUGCGUGAUUCUCCCUUUUGGACUCUUCAUCCUUUUGACUGCAAAAACGUUACGAUUAGAGAUGUGACCAUCACUGCCCCAAUCUUUAAGGCUCCUAAUACUGAUGGCAUUGAUCCCGAUUCAUGUGAAGAUGUGCUGAUUGAAAAUUGUUACAUAAGUGUCGGUGAUGAUGCCAUUGCAAUAAAGAGUGGCUGGGAUCAGUAUGGCAUAGCUUAUGGACGGCCUUCAAAAAAUAUACUCAUACGAAACCUAGUAGUCCAAUCCAUGGUUAGUGCUGGCAUAUCAAUAGGAAGUGAGAUGUCCGGUGGGGUGUCCAACGUAACUGUUGAGAAUCUCCAUGUAUGGAACUCGAGGCGUGCCCUUCGGAUCAAGACAGCAGCUGGAAGAGGGGGAUACAUUCAACACAUUUCCUAUCGCAACAUUACACUUGAGAGUGUGAGGGUAGGAAUUGUCAUUAAGACAGAUUACAACGAACAUCCAAAUGGGGCCUUCGACCCUAAAGCAGUUCCCAUUCUCAAGGACAUAAGCUUCACAUCAAUACAUGGGGAGGGGGUACGGGUCCCGGUCCGAAUCCACGGAAGUGAAGACAUCCCCAUCAGGAAUGUAACUUUCCGUGACGUGUCCAUUGGGAUAACAUACAAGAAGAAGCACAUUUUCCAGUGUUCUUUUGUUGAGGGAAGAGUUAUAGGGACAAUAUUUCCUGCUCCAUGUGAGAAUCUAGAUGUGUACGAUGAGCAAGAACGUUUGAUCAAGCGUGCAAAUGUUCACAAUAUUUCAGACAUAGAUUAUGACCUUUGAAUUGAUAGUAGACAUAGGCAUACAUUUUCAGGGUAAUUUUCCUAGCUUUUGUUCUUUAUUUCUUGCUUUGUAUAUAGCUUUCGAAUAUUCAGUCGAUAUAUUCAAGAUUUCAAGAUACUUGCAUAUACUAUAUAUGCACGAUAAGGAAGAGGUUUGGCUUGCUU